GCCCGGAGGCGGCGGCGGGAGCGGCGGGAGGCGGCGGGCCAUGGCCGAGCUCAAGCCGCUGUCGGGGGACGCGUACCUGGCGCUGGGCCACGGCUACGCGGCGGCCGCCGGCCUCGCCUACGGGACGGUGCGGGGACCCGAGGCGGCCCGCGGCUACUGCGCGCCGGGCCCGGGCGGCGGCGACCUCCCCGCAGCUCCCGCGCCCCGCGCCCCGGCCGCGGCGACGGAAAGCAGCGGCGAGCAGAGCGGCGACGAGGACGACGGCUUCGAGCGGCGGCGGCGGCGGCGCGGGCCCGGGGGUGCGGGGGACGGGCGGCGGCGGCCGCGGGAGCAGCGCUCGCUGCGGCUCAGCAUCAACGCGCGCGAGCGGCGGCGCAUGCACGACCUGAACGACGCGCUGGACGGGCUGCGCGCGGUCAUCCCCUACGCUCACAGCCCGUCGGUGCGCAAGCUCUCCAAGAUCGCCACGCUGCUGCUGGCCAAGAACUACAUCCUCAUGCAGGCGCAGGCCCUGGACGAGAUGCGGCGCCUGGUGGCCUACCUCAACCAGGGUCAGGGCCUGGCCGCGCCCGUGGCCCCGGCGCCCCUGACGCCCUUCGGCCAGGCCGCUGUGUACCCCUUCUCGGCCGGUGCAGCCCUGGGACCCUGCCCCGACAAGUGCGCCUCCUUCUCCGGGUCGCCCUCGGCGCUCUGCAAACACUGCAGCGAGAAGCCGUGACCACGACGUGGCCGCGGUGCCUCCUGCUGCUCGCCCCUCACCCCCCAGGAUUGUCACGCCGCCUGCGCCGGAGAUGCAGACAGACCACCGCCGAUGGCAGUGUGAAGAACGGUUGGGGUUCGCGGGGAGCGAAGCUGCGCUGGCCCAGACUGAGCCAGGCACUUGGCGCUGGAACCCACGCCCUGGAACCCGCAGCAUUCCCUGACCACCGAGCUCCCUUCAGGCAGCGCUGAUCACUUUCAAAAGCAGCCUAGAGCAAGGUCUCAGAGGUGAAGUCAGGGUCCCCGGGCCCACUCAGGCCAGCGGCCCGUCUGCCUCAGCUGGGCUCAUGCAGCGUUGCCUGGCCUCUGAGGACUCUGCCCUCUGCCCUGCCGACUGCACUGAGGAUCCCCCUGCUGAGUGUGACCCGGAGACAAGUGGCCCGGCGGCGCCUCCCCUCUGCCACUGGGGUCUCCAGCUCCCUGCCGGCUGCCGGGGUGCUCUGCCAGACUCCACUGUGGCUUCUGGCAAAAGAGCUGGAGUUGGAUCCCAGAAAAUGUUGGGAGAAAAUGCUGAACAAUGAGCUUUCCGUCUUUCUGAGUUUGAUCUGCUUACUUCCUGGCUGUCUUAGAGGCUCAGGACGCAAACCCCUGGAAGUCUACAAAUUCACCCCUAAAUGGCCCGGACUCCCCAGCCCCGCCUCUGCCGUCUGCCUAAGGAGGCUUCAAGGAGGAUGGGUCCGGGAUGCUGAGCACAUAGUGGACCCUAGAGCGUCCUCGGAGGACCCUGUCCUACCCCAGGACCCAACAAACCCUCCCUGGCAACUCCUACGCGUUUCUGAGGGAGGGAGGAGGCCGGGCUACGGUCUCAAGGCCCGGGUGCUGCUGCAGCUGAGGUGUCUGUUGCUUCUGGCCUGUGGUAGACCCAGCUGGUCUGGAAGAGAAGUGCUGACCAGAAGAGAACUGACCAGCAGUCAUCAGCCCAGCCUCUCAGGCAAGACAAGCAUGGGCCACAGUAUCCUCUGCCUCAGUGCUGCCCAACACGUGUAUGUGAGAUUGAUGUGCCUGUAUGACAUGUUUAUCUGUGUUGUGUGUGAUGAACACAUGUAUGGGGGGAUUUGUGUGUCUGUGUGACAUGUAUUUGGUGUGUGUCAUACGUGUGGGUAGUGUUUAUAUGUGCUGCUCAUGCAUGUGUGCAGCAUGUGCACAUGAACACACACGUGUGUGGUAUGUGUGUACUUGUGCAUGUGUGUGCACACAGCUUUCUCCCCAUGAAGUCCCUGGAUCUGGACCCUGGACUCACGUGGGCCCCCAGGCUGCAUUUCAAGCCCUUACCUGGCAGCUUCCUUAUGUGUGACCUGGUGUUUUACUCCGGUUAUAUGGGAACCACUGCCUGGGUUUCCACAGGGCAGUCCUUUCUGCUCUAAAACCCAGGAUGUCUCGACUGAAGCCAUGAACAAUCACCCAAACAGAUUGGUCACACAGACAAAGACAGACCAAGGCAGAACCUGGCCAGAACUCUGACCCCAAGUGGCCUUGGGAGGCCAGCGGAGCAGCUGCUCUCUCCCUUGGCAUUUGGAGGAACAGGCCUUAUGUGAUCCCGGGGGACAGGGUCCCAAAGGUGUGGCAUGCAGUCCUGGGGCUGCAGCAGUGCCCAAGCUUACCCCAGACGCUCUCCUGAAUGGAUACCUGUGGCCAGUCAGACAUUGGCCAUGUUCGUCUCUGCCGACAAUUGAGCAUUUUAAGCUUUCUGUUUCCGGAGAGUUCUGGAAUUGGGAGCUGUGGAUUUGGGAUGAUGAGUUCUAAGCUUGCGCUGUCCAUGUUUCCCAAGGAGCAAGCCAGGGGCAGGAAAGCAGCAAAGCUCAAUUGCAAACCAAAGUCAGCCUCCCCACCACCCUGGGGGCCACGCAGGCCCUGUGCACAGGGACCCAGACACAUACCACGGAAGUACAAGCAGGGGCUGAGGCCUACGGCUAAUGAGUGUGCACCUAGAGUUAACCCCAGAGCCUCGCUCAGCAGUUCCUGGCUGUUUACAUGGCUGUUCCUAAAGACAGGCAACACCUUCCUGUCAGACAGAAGAGAGAGGGGAGAGCAGUGAGUGGCCCCGAGAGAAUUGGCAUUUCUGUGGUCCAGGAAGAUGGCACGAGGUGCAGUGAGCACAAACAGCAGAUGUGGCACCGUGGGUGGCACAGGCAGGGCCUGGUUCCUGAGCUCGGGUCUCUUCUGGGCCCCCCAUUUCUCAUCCAGUUGCCUCCACCCAGCCUGCGUGCCCCUGCCCACUCUGCAGCUACCGGCCACCUGGGGGACCCUUCUUCCAGGUGGGAGCCCAGGUCAGGGCUGCAGGGCAGCCAGGUGGGCUCUGGGUUUGUGCUGAAUCAGGCUGUUUUAAAGAAGACUUUUACAGGAGUGUGGUGCCCCUCAAUCUGCUCAUUAUCACUGAUGGACCCAUCCCUGGCACCGCAGGGGACAUUGUGGCUAAUUAACGUCUCACUAGCAAGUGGCUGUGCUGAUGGACAGUGGAACCCAUGCACUCUCGAGGAUUCCAGCUCCCUUAAGCACUCUGCAGACUGGCAUGAGAGGGACCUGGCUGACUAGUAAUGCUCCAUCCCCGUACUGUGGCCUCACCAUGCAGGGCUGGUGCUUCCUAAAUAAUCUACGUCACCCCAAAGGGACAAAGGCCCCACAGGCGGGCUCCUCCCCACCUCACACUGGACACGGGAGGCGGGAGCUGCUCAGGAGCCAGGUCCAAGGUGCCCAGAGACCCUGUUCGCUGUGUGCUGAGCGGCAAGCUGCUGUCGGAGUCUGGCCCAGUUCCCGCCUCAUGCUGUAGCUCUAUCCUUAGCGCUCAAUGCACUGGGAAACCUGGCCGAGGUGACAGCCACAGACCCAUGGAGGACUGUGGGACUCUCGCACACUCCUGGCCUCCACGGCGCGGAGUGGAUGUCAUCCUUCCUCUGGGCAAGUGCAGGCAGUGGCUCCUGCAAGGGCGUCAGUGACUACAGACCUAUUGCUGUUUGCUGAAGACCUCAGAGGGACAGGAAUGACAGGGGCCCGGCACCCACCGAAGGAAGAAUCAAAAGUAUCAAACCCAAAGACGCUUUGCCUGAAGAACACACAGGUGGGAACACACAGGCAUCGCCGUCCUGAGGGGCAGCUCGUUCCUCAGGAGGUGCUUUGCUUUCUUUUCUUUUUUAUAGAUAGAAUACACAUAUCAGCUACCAUUUAAUGUUUUUUUCCUAAACCAGGGGCUUCACGUGUGACACACAAGUGUCCUAGCUCUGACGGGUGCUCCCACCAUAACUGUGAUCAACCCUGGCGCUGAGGAUGCUCCCGACCCUGUGUGAGCGCGGUCACCUUCAGAACUUUUAAAAAGCCUGCGAUUUUAUCUUUCUUCUUUCUUUUCUUUGUUUGCUUUUGCAUACUGGGAAUUGAACCCUGAGACUUUGCACAGAGCAAUAUCCCCAGCCCAUUUAUUUGUUUAUUUUUAGAUUUUAAAGUAGGAUCUGUCCAAAUGGCUAAGUUGCCCAGGAUGGGCUCUAAGUUGAGCUCCUCAUACAAUUUGAAUUUUAAAGUUGUGUUUGCUAAGUACAAUUCACAUGUGGUAAAAUUCACCCUCUGAGACACACAGCCAGCCACACUGGUAAUUUGUGCAGCCACGUGGCCUCCAGCGCCACCACCUAUAGAGCUGCCAUCACCCCGGUGGCUACAACCCAGCCCUGUGGCCACCACUCUGCUCCCAUUGCUAGUUGCUUUUCAGGUCACUUGGUGGAGCUGGAUUUGCAGCCUGGCCCCUCUUUAAGGGUCAGCGCAGUAGCAAGCACUGGCGUAAGCUCCUGACCCACGGCGGCUCCCACUGUUCUGGGUCCCGAGUCAAGUGACUUCUGCUGGAUCAGUGGGCCCGAGCCUCUGAGAAGUGACCAGCCCAACCUUAAUCCUGCUGGAGAGGACCGACUGGUCUGCCUGAGAUUCCCAAAGACAGCCCCGCCUGCGGUUCUGGGCUGGCUGAGCUGCCAAGAUCACAGAGCGGCCUUCACAGAGCAGCCAAGGAGGCCUCCCUGGAUCACAGCAGCGGUGAUUUGCUGGCAGGGUGGAGAGGAUCAAGGAGAGGAAGGGCCGGGCCCUGAGGCUGUGCAGGGACCCAGCGCAUCCUCCCUGCAGGGGGCGAGCCUGCAGCUUGCCGGCUGCGAGCUCGGCCCCCAGUGCUGCUGCUGAGCACUAAAGGCCCCAGAGAAGCCGUUCCUGAGCACUAGCAGGAGAAUCCCAGGUGGAAGGGGAAAUGCUCCUAGAGAGGGACAGAGGGAUACCAAUGACAAACGAGUGGUUGCAUCAGAAUCACAGCUCCUGAGACAACAGGGCCAGGGAGAGGCCAUUUCUCCGCUGCCUCCGGAGCAGCGGGAGUAGGAGAGUUUUCUUACUCAGAUCUCGUCUCGGCAGGCCCUGUGGCACAUGCUGUACUCGGGAGGCUGAAGCAGGGAAUCGCAGGUCCAAACCCAGCCUGGGUAACUUAGUGAGGCCCUGUCUGACCUAAAAUAGGAAGUGGCAGGACGGAGCUCUCUACUCCCACAAAAAGAAUUGCUUCUCUUCUUUCUCUCCUUUGGUGCUCCCCUCAUGGAGAAGUCUCUAAGCAGCCAAGCGAGCCACCAGGAGUGUGGCACAGGCGUGGUAAAGAGGGCACUCUCAAGGAAUGGCCAGCAGCCGGGAAGCUCCUCCGGGGCCGGGAGGACGCCUUUAUAAUCCUCUGAGAGAGCAGUGCCGCUAUGUACCCGGAGCUGCUGGGCGAGGCUGUGAUUAAAUUUCCUCCUGUAAUGACCCUAAGUAAAUUUUGCAAUUUUCAUUUUGCCAAGAAUUAAUAUAGAUCAGUGCCCUGUUGUUGGCUCUCACUCUAAUCCAAAAUCACUCAUUAAAUGGAGACCAGCAGACGUCGGUGGGUGAGACCCGCGAGCCGUGCAUGGAGAUGUCAACCAGGGUCCAGAUGGACGGAAGCAGCUGCCCUCGUUACGUGCCAGGCGCUGAUCCGAAGUGCUGACCUGCUUCUGGGAACAUUACACAUAUUAAAUGCAACCGAAUUGCUCCGAGGGGUGAGGCCUGCGGAUGCUCGUCCCUGACACCCCUGUGAGGAGCCCUGAAGCUUCAGGGUGCUGGUGGCAGGCCUGCUCCACACAGAAGAGCUGUGCGAGCAAAGCCAUCUUGGCCACAGUCCAGUGGUGCCUGCUGACCAAGUUGACCCGGAAGAGACUGCAUUCCUCCUGACCUGGCCAGAUGCCCUCAGCUGGGAGUAACAGAAACCAGCAAAACAAAAAACAGCCAACAAUUUCUGAGUCCAGCGCGGGAUGCAUUUUGCUCACGUUCAGGUGGAACUGGGCGUGGAGUAUUUUUGUUUGCAGCAUUUGGCCAUCAAGCCCCUCUUUCUGGCUCUGUCCCUCUCUUCUCUUUCUGUCUCUCGCUGUCUCUCUCUGUCUCUGUCUCUCUUUGUCCUCAGCCUUUCCGAGCCACAUAACCAGGAAAACUCUCGUGGCUGCUGCACCCAGUGCAGGGAGACCCCUGCCCUGGAGUCCCCUCCUCCAAAAGAUGGUGUGCCUGCCCGGUGGGUGCCCAAGAUAGAACUAUGUAUGAGAUUCAUGGUCUUUGCACAAAAUAAAAUGUGAGCUCUUGUUCCUACAUGGAUAAGGGUUUUAGGGUAGCAACACAAGAGCUUGAAACCCAGUGGAGGCCCUGGCAAUCACAGAGCUCUGAUCAGGCUUGGGUUGUACAGCCAUAAAACUGGCCGGGCCUGGAGUGGGGUGAAGGCAGCCCCUCACGCCCAGUCAGGCUGCACAGAAGGCCAGGCCCAAGACAGAGACCCCACUUCUCACCUUCCCUUGCACAACCAGGACCCAAAGCCACUGCCACAUGGAGUGUUUGCGCUCUCUCUCUCUCUCUCUCUCUCUCUCUCUUUCUCUCUCGCACACACACAUCCACACGUGCCCACACCCACACAAACUGGCCUCUGAACAGCUGGACCCCUGGGAAGUGGAGACAGGGACAGUGCAUGCAGUCACAUAGGGGUGGACACCUCUGAGGACACGGCAAUCAGCCACUGCGGGUCUCCAGGGAAGGCACCAGCCGUGGGAUGCGGGGGAAGCCCCCUGGCCCCGUGUGCUUCUUCUAGUCCCCUCCUCCAGGAAUAUUUUAAUAAAAGAAGAAAAUGCU